UUUGCGCACAAACCUACGUAGUUCGUACGAUUUCUUCGAUAAGUCGCGCGCGCGGUAACCUUCGCGCGUCGACGAGUAUAUUCGCAAAACCGCGCUUUUACGAGCUUUAAGUGACCGAGUCAAAAUCGCGAAACUCUGACACACACAACGCGCGAUUACAGUAAUUUUUCUCGAUCGUUACACUCUCGUCGUGACGCGCGUGUGCAUACGAUACGCGAAACGGAACGUUGUCGUCGUGAGUCGUUCACGCGCGAAUAUGUGGGUGAGACCGAUACGAUAGGCGGCAUUGCGUGCGUGAUUGUGCAAUAAACACGAGAUAGGGAAAUGAUCGACUUCCUUCGCGGAAGUGUUGAGUUUUCUUUAAAAACGAUGACGCCUAUCGUUUGCCACGUGGCCGAGCGCGAUUUAAUGUCCGCAUUUCUCCCGGACACACGUCGUAAAUAAUACAGUUUCGGAGCACAUGGCUCUCUCGCGCUCGUACGCGCUCACGACAACGAUAUCUGCAACGUGUUUUCAACCGAAUUACCGCACCAGUACACAUUCAGGUUUAAUUGCGUUUUCGGGGUCGAGAACGUAUGUUCAAAAAUCAUGUGGAAGUGAUUUCGGACGGGACGACGAAGAUAAAAAUUCGCUUUCGGUGUACUUUGCGACAUGUAAGGCAUGUGCGGAAAGGUGGGUUUUCUUCGCGAGGUUUUCACCGGCUCGCGCAAGAAAAAGGAUCAGCGAGUUCAAAGCUUUCGGGGGAGCGUUUCAAGCGAACAUCUGCCGUCCGUCGUCUGCAACGAUAAUUCGAACAGCUGAUGCUCCUCCGCGAACCGCCUUGCCUGGUGAAUCCUGCUAG